AUGUUUAGAAAUUUAAUAAAUCAAAUACAUAGGAGCAUAGGAAGCCCACAGCUCAGUCAACAAAUAAGGUGCUAUGCCAAGCCGGUAACAGGUGGAGUAGCAGGAGUAGAGACAACACCAGCCGAUUAUGAAUUACAAAAGGAACACAUUGAAGAAGCUGUCAAGGCACAACCACUUCUUGCAUCUGUUUCUCCACAGCUGUGGCAAAAAGCCCAUGAAACUUUUGCAAAUCAUGGACUGAAUACAAAUAGUUUCUUGCAAAUUGUAACGUGCAAUCCAAAAGUUCUAAUGCGAUCACCAAAGAAAAUCAUUGAAACACUGGAACAUUGGCGUUCAUGUCAAUUUGGAGAAUUUUUCCUUUUUCAAUUGAUUACCAAAUAUCCCGUCCUAAUGGAUGUCGAUGACAAACGUAGACUGCUGAAACAAAUUACAUUUCUACAGGGAUAUGUGGGUUCAAGUAAAAAUGUAUGGAAACUACUUAUGAAUUGUCCAACACUAAUUGAACAGUCAACCGAGGCUAUAGAGGCAAAAAUUCUUUAUAUGAAAGAAGUAAUGCGACUUGAAAUUCCUGAAAUUAUAAAAUCCGAGGCGUUGUCGAAGUCUUUGGAUGAAAUAAAAUGUAGACAUGUGUUUUUGGAACGUUUAGCUUUGUUUAAACCACGUUCGCCAAAAGCCGAUCCAAAUGAACCAAGUAAAAACCCGCGUUUAUAUAAAAUUACCGAUACAUCGGAUAAAUCGUUUGCCACAAAAGUUUGUCAUGUUUCCCAUGCCGAAUUUGAGGCAUUCAAAGAAUUAUAUACACGUGAAUUGGAACGACAACGUAAAGAGGAGGAAGACGAAGAUGAUGACUAUGAUGAAGAAUACGAUGACGUUUAUGAUAAUAAGGAAUUAUAUGUGAAAUAA